AUGGUCAAUAGUUUUUAUAUAUCAACUUGUGAAAACGGCACAUGUCUUUGUCCUAUUGGUUACUAUGGAAAUAACUGUGAACAUAUCAUAACAGAUUGUUCCCAUGGUCACGAACUUAACUGGUCACAUUUGGGUCAGAUGUUGUCUUUUGUAAAACCAAGCUUAUCUCCAGAACCGUUUGAAAUCUUAUGUCAUUUUGAUUAUCUUGGAAUAGCACAUGCUCUGACUAGACAUUCUAGUUGCAUUCCUGAUUACUAUAACAGAACAUAUUCAGAAUAUCGACAAGGAUUUGGUGAUGCUAGUACAAGUCAUUGGAUCGGUUUGGAUAAAUUUUAUCAGAUGAGUAAAGAAAGAAAUAAUUUUCGAUUGAAUAUAUAUUUCUAUACUGGACUGUCCGCUCAAUGUUACUACAACCAGUUUUCUGUUAUGGAUGUCUCUGACCAGUUCAAACUACAAGUAUCCGGUUUCACAUCUCAUUCUACUGAAAUCUGUUCAGAUUCGUGGACAAAUUCGGUCAAUAUAAAUAAUGCUCCGUUUUCUACAUUCGAUAACGAUACCACACCAAAUGAUUGCCCAAACAAGAUGGCGGCAGACGGUUCCUUCUCUGCGCUAACAUCUCCCAUCCCCAAAGUGGCCAACUUUGUCUCAAACAACAAAUCCCUCAUUUCCUCAGAAGCGCAAGCUCUUGGAUCUGUGGCAAAAGCAGGAGUAAAUAUAAGCGAUGCAGUGAAAAAUCUGACGAACUUAAAGAACUACAGCUAA